CCCAUUCCCCUGGAUGAUCCCAAUCACGUGGAUGAUCCUGAUCCCAUGCCCAUGGAUGAUCCCAGUCACGUGGAUGAUCCCAAUCCCGUUCCCAUGGAUGAUCCCAGUCACGUGGAUGAUCCUGAUCACGUGGAUGAUCCCGAUCCCAUUCCCCUGGAUGAUCCCAGUCACGUGGAUGAUCCCAAUCUAAAUGACCCCGAUGAUCCCAUUCCCCUGGAUGAUCCCAGUCACGUGGAUGAUCCCAAUCCCGUUCCCAUGGAUGAUCCCAGUCACAUGGAUGAUCCUGAUCACGUGGAUGAUCCCGAUCCCAUGCCCAUGGAUGAUCCCAAUCACGUGGAUGAUCCCAAUCUAAAUGACCCCGAUGAUCCCAUUCCCCUGGAUGAUCCCAAUCACGUGGAUGAUCCCAGUUCCGUUCCCAUGGAUGGUCCAAAUCACGUGGAGGAUCCCAAUCCCAUGCCCAUGGAUGAUCCCAGUCACGUGGAUGAUCCUGAUCACGUGGAUGAUCCCAGUUCCAUUUCCAUGGAUGAUCCAAAUCACCUGGAUGAUCCCAAUCUAAAUGACCCCCAUGAUCCCAAUCACGUGGAUGAUCCCAAUCACGUGGAUGAUCCCAAUCCCGUUCCCAUGGAUGAUCCCAAUCACGUGGAUGAUCCCAGUUCCGUUCCCAUGGAUGAUCCCAAUCACGUGGAUGAUCCCAAUUCUGUUCCCAUGGAUGAUCCCAAUCACGUGGAUGAUCCCGAUCCCAAGCCCAUGGAUGAUCCCAGUCACGUGGAUGAUCCCGAUCCUGUUCCCAUGGAUGAUCCCAAUCACAUGGAUGAUCCCAGUUCCGUUCCCCUGGAUGAUCCAAAUCACGUGGAUGAUCCCAAUCUAAAUGACCCCAAUGAUCCCAUUCCCCUGGAUGAUCCCAAUGACCUCAAUGUUCCCUUGGAUGAUCCCAGUGAUCCUGAUGACCCCGUUUUCCUGGAUGUCCCUGAUGUUCCCCCAAUGACCCCAACGAUCCCGUUCCCAUGGAUGAUCCCGAUGACCCCAACGAUCCCAUUCCCAUGGAUGAUCCUGAUCUGAUUCCCCCGGAUGAUCCCAUUCUUGAAUGAUCCCAUUCCCGAUGACUCCGAUGACCCCAUUCCCCUGGAUGACCCCACUGACCCCAUUCACCUGGACGACCCUGAUGAUCCCAAUGACCCCAUUCCCCCAUUGACCCCAAUGAUCCCAUUCUCCUGGAUGACCCUGCUGACCCCACUGAUCCCAUUCCUCCGGAUGACCCCGAUGACCCCAUUCCCCUGGACAACCCUGAUGAUCCCAAUGACCCCAUUCCCCUGGAUGACCCCAAUGACCCCAUUCCCCUGGACAACCCUGAUGAUCCCACUGACCCCAUUCCCCCAGAU